CAACUAUGGCCCUGUUUCUGCAGCUACUGCCUCUGCUGCUCUCAAGGGCCCAAGGGGACCUAGGAGCUUCUCUGGACGGUCGCCCUGGGGACCGGGUGAAUCUCUCCUGCGGAGGGGUCUCACACCCCAUCCGCUGGGCCUGGGCGCCUAGUUUCCCGGCCUGCAAGGGCCUGUCCAAAGGACGCCGCCCGAUCUUGUGGGCCUCGACGAGCGGGAUCCCCACCGUGCCUCCGCUCCAGCUCUUCGCCGGGCGCCUACGCUCCCUGGACCCUGGUAUCCGACAGCUGGAGCUCCUUUUGAGCGCGGGGGAUUCGGGCACCUUUUUCUGCAGAGGCCGCCACGAGGACGAGAGCCGUACGGUGCUUCACGUGCUGGGGGACAGGGCCGAUUGCCGGGUCCCGGAGUCUACCCACGGGUCCGUGUAUCCCCAGGUGCUGAUCCCGCUGCUGGGCGCUGUGAUGCUGCUGGGACUGGGAGCUUUGGGCGUGGUCUGGUGGCUGCGCUGGCGCUCGCCCCCAUCCCCGCUUCGACCACCUCCCAGAUUUGCUCUGUCCCCCCCACAUAGUUCCACUGGUGAAACUCGAGCCUCAGAGGCCAGUAAAAGAGGAGGAGCCCAAGAUUCCAGGGGACCUGGAUCAGGAACCGAACCUACUCUAUGCGGAUCUGGACUACAUGGCCCUCCAAAGACCUCUGCGGCUGUCCACAGUGGUGCCUGCUGAUGCCAACACCAUCUAUGCAGUUGUAGUUUGAAGGGAAGCCUUCAAGCUGGGAGCUCCUGGCUCUCAAUAAUCCUCCUUCCCUUUUUGGCCCCUCACUUGGAAGAGGAAGGCACUAUGGUAUAGGAAUGAGCACUAGGGCUGGGCGGUGGCUCACACCUGUAAUCCCAACAUGUUAGGAGGCCCAGGUGGGUAGAUCACCUGAGCUCACAAGUUAGAGAUCAGCCUGAGCUAGAGCCAGACUCCAUCUCUAAAAAUAGCUAGGUGUUGUGGUGGGCACCUGUAGUCCCAGCUACUUGGGAGGCUGAGGCAAGAGAAUCGCGUGAGCCUGAGAGUUAGAGGUUGCUGUGACCUAUGACACCAGGGCACUCUACCAGGGGCAACAAAGUGAGACUCUGUCAAGAAAGAAAGAAAGAGAGAAAGGAAGGAAGGAAGGGAGGGAGGGAAAGAAAGAGAGAGAGAGAGGAAAGAAAGAAA